UCUUCCCUCGUAUUCCAGCAAUAGGUAUCUCGACGGAGUUGCAGAUGUUUUCACAGGUGGAAAUAACCAGCGCAGUCCCAUUCGCUGUAUCAGUUGAGAGGAACACACCGUCCCUUGAAAAGGAUAAGCGGUCAGCCGGGCCGGGACAAGAGUUCAGCGACGCCGUGACCGCUGAGACAAACGCCGCGCACGCCACACGCCACGCUGCCGAGGAAAAGCCAGACCCACGGAGACAGCGCCGCGGAGCCGAAACGAUGGGCGACCCAAUCCAGUUAAAAGAUGAAGGAAAUAAAUACUUCCAGGCGGGUGAAACGGACAAGGCCAUCGAGUGCUACACCAGCGCCAUGAAGGCCUGCAAGGACAAGAGCGUGCUGGCCGUCCUCCACCGGAACAGAUCAGCCUGCUACCUGAAACAGGAGAACUAUGUGAAUGCUGCUUCCGAUGCUUCCAGAGCCAUCGACGUGGACGCCGCGGACGUCAAGGCCCUGUACAGGAGGUGCCAGGCCCUGGAGAAACUGGGCAAGCUGGACAUGGCCUUCAAAGACGUGCAGAGGUGCGCCACCAUUGAGCCGAAGAACAAGACCUUCCUGGAGACCCUGAGGAGGCUGGGGGCCGAGAUCCAACAGAAGCUGAAGACAACAUUCUCCACAGACUCCCGGGUUCAGAGCAUGUUCGACAUCUUGCUCGACGACGAGAUGGACAAAGACAAGAAAGAAAAGGCUGCCAACAACCUGAUUGUCCUGGCCAGGGAAGACGCGGGGUCCGAGAGGAUCUUCCAGAACAACGGCGUGCCGCUGCUCCAGAAGCUGAUCGAGACAGGAAAGCCGGAGAUGGUGCUGGCAGCCAUCCGUACGCUGUCUGGGAUGUGCACCGGCCACAGAGCCAGGGCCACCGCCAUCGUCCACCUGAUGGGAAUCGACAAGCUGUGCGGCUUCAUGGCCCUGGAUAACGAAGAGAUCGCCCUGGCAACCUGCAACCUCUUCCAGUGCAUCUACGACUCCCUCUCCGGGGGCGACAAGAGGGUGUACGGGAAGGAGGAGGCGCUGGUCCUGGACUCAAGCAGAGACCUGAAGAACAUCCUGCUGGCUCUGCUGGAGAUGGUGGCCAGUAGGAAAGUAUCGGGACAUGGGCGGGACCAGGCGCUCAACCUCCUGACCAAGAACGUGCCCAGGAAAGACAAGAGGGACCCUGACCACUCCAGGACCCUCUUUACCAUUGACCACGGCCUGAAGAAGAUCCUAAAGGUGUGUGGCCAGGUUCCGGACCUGCCUGACCAGCUGCCCAUGACGGAGAACACCCAGCUGAUCGCCAGCGUCCUGCUCAACAAGCUGUACGAUGACCUGCGCUGCGACCCCGAGAGAGACAACUUCAGGGACAUCUGCGAUGAGUACAUCAAGGGGAAGUUUGACCCCAACGACAUGGACAAGAACAUCCACGCCAUCAACGCCCUGUCGGGCCUGCUGCAGGGCCCCUUCGACGUGGGCAACACGCUGGCGGGGCGCCAGGGCGUCAUGGAGAUGAUGGUUGCGCUCUGCGGGUCCGAGCGGGAGGUGGACCAGAUGGUCGCCGUGGAGGCGCUGAUCCACGCCUCCACCAAGAUGAGCCGCGCCUCCUUCAUCAUCACCAACGGCGUCUCCCUGCUGAAGGACAUCUACAAGAAGACCAAGAACGAGAAGAUCAAGAUCCGCGCACUGGUGGGCCUGUGUAAGCUGGGUUCAGCAGGAGGAGAUGAUUACAGCAUGCGGCAGUUCGCAGAGGGCUCCACGGAGAAGCUGGCCAAACAGUGCAGGAAGUGGCUGUGCAACCCGAGCAUCGACGUCCGCACCAGGAAGUGGGCGGUGGAGGGCCUGGCCUACCUGACCAACGACGCCGACGUGAAAGACGACUUCGUGGAGGACGAGCCGGCCCUGAGGGCCAUGUUCGAGCUGGCGAAGUCACCUGACAAGACCAUCCUGUACGCAGUGGCAUGUACCCUGGUCAACUGCACCAACAGCUACGAAAAGAAGGAGAUCAUUCCGGAACUUGUGCAACUGGCAAAGUUCUCCAAGCAACACGUUCCAGAACAGCACCCCAAGGACAAGAAGGACUUCAUCGAGAAGAGGGUCAAGCGUCUGCUGAAGGCGGGGGUCAUCUCCGCCCUCACCUGCAUGGUCAAAGCGGACAGCUCAGUCCUCACCGACCAGACCAAAGAGAUGCUCGCCAGGGUGUUUCUAGCCUUGGCAGAGGACACCAAGGAUCGUGGAACCAUUGUGGCACAAGGAGGCGGGAAGGCGCUCAUCCCUCUGGCCCUGGAGGGAACAGAGGCGGGAAAGAUCAGAGCCUGCCAUGCCCUGGCCAAGAUCGCGGCCAUUUCCAACCCCGAAAUCGCCUUCCCUGGAGAGAGGAUUUAUGAAGUGGUUCGGCCUCUGGUCAGUUUGCUGCACCCUGACAGGGAUGGGAUACAGAACUAUGAGGCCCUCAUGGGUCUCACAAACCUGGCUGGCCUGAAUGACAAACUGAGGGUGAAGAUUCUGAAGGAGAAGGCCCUUCCGGAUAUCGAGAACUACAUGUUUGAGGAGCAUGACCAAAUCCGGCAGGCUGCCACGGAGUGCAUGUGUAACCUGGUGGUGUGCAAGGAGGUCCAGGAGAGGUACAUGGAGGACGGGAACGACAAGCUGAAGCUGCUGGUUCUCCUGUGCAGCGAGGACGACGACAAGCUGCAGCGGGCCGCGGCCGGGGCCAUCGCCAUGCUCACCACCGCCCAGAAGAAGCUCUGCACCAAGCUCACCCUGGUGACGGUGCAGUGGCUGGAGAUCCUGCAAAGGCUGUGUCUCCACGACAACCUGCAGAUCCAGCACAGGGGCCUGGUCAUUGCGUACAACCUGAUGAGCGCAGACGCGGAGCUGGCGAAGAAGCUCAUCGAGAGCGAGAUGCUGGAGAUCCUGACGGUCAUCGGCAAGCAGGGGGACAGCCCGAAGCGGCAGGAGGUGAUUGAUGUGGCCCGCUUGUGCCUGACCACCGCCAUGGACCUCGGCCUCAUCAAGCCAUUCUCUUAAAAUGGAGGCAUCUUUUAAACCAGAGGCUGGCUCGCUCCCGGAAUGUACCAGAACGUGUCCCUCAUCAGAACGAUGCCUCCCGGUUACGUGGUUAAGUUGGAAGCAAGACCAGAAUCACCCCUAUCUCUUCUGGGAGCUGGCUGGCUUAAAAACUGAAAUCUAAAAACCAAACAGGAACUGAAGUGAAUGACGACCCAGGACUGAUGCAGCCAAAAAUGGAACUUGGAAAUACAGGAGGCACGAGUUCUCAAAAUAAUUUAGAGGUUUCUAAAACAAUCUUGUGAAAUUAUUCUUUUCUAUCUUAUUUUUUAGGAAGAAUUUGUCUGAAUGAUUUAAAAACAGUUAUAUUGCUCUUUCUGUUAGGUAUUAUUUAAAGAGACUUGUGCUUCUCAUUCUGUAAGUGUUUUUUUUUAUUUUUAAAAGUAUGUGUGUUGAAACGUGUGUGUGCUCUGCACAAACACCAGUGCAACACAGAGUGAGAUAAUAUAGCAAUGUAUGCUGUUUGCAGAACAAAUAAAAUGUGACAUACUGACACAGAGUUUACACAGAA